AUGAAUGUGCUUGCUCCUGAGGAAAAACAUAUAUUUAAGUUCAAAUCCUUACAAGUUGGUACAGUGGAUUACAGUAAACUGAAUAUUCCAGAGGCUAAUGCUUAUACUUACGUAUGUGGAUAUUUGAUGAAGAAAUGUUUAGAAAUCCAUUCAUGUCAAGUUUGUGUGGACUAUGCAAAUUGCCAAAAAACUAUAGACAAAUCGUUUCUAUUAUCUUUUUUUAAAUCAUAUUCUUCAAACAAUGACUCUAAUUUUGGUAAAUUACUAAUGCCCCACAAUGAUUUUUAUAAUUAUAUACUUAAGUUAGAAAAUAUUUUUAUUGAACAGUUUCCAAUAAUUGCCAUAAGAGAUAAUGUUGGUUAUCUUUUAAAUGAUUUUCUAUGUAAUGUACGUUUUAAUCAUCCAUGUGAGUUAUUUAAUAAGCAAUUUCUUAUGAAAUUAUUUAUUCGUUUUAGAAUUUUUUCUAGUGUUAAAUUUUUAAAUAGAACAAUGUUAUCUGAAACUAAACGUAAAAAUAGGAAAUUAUCAAUUCUAAAACAUUUAUAA